UACUGUCAAAACAGCCUACAUCAACAUGAUGGACCUGUUUGAGACCAACACUUAUUUUUUCAACGAUUUACGUUAUCUCGAGGCGGAUCAUGGGACCUUGGAUAUGCCUGGAGUGUCCCCACUCUAUGAGGGGAACGACAGCCCUCUGUCCGCGGGACAGGAUCCGGUCCCGUCUGAGACAGGGUGCGAGAGCAGCGGGGAGGAACACGUCCUCGCGCCGCCAGGGCUCCAGCCUCACUGCGAAGGGCAGUGUCUUAUGUGGGCAUGUAAGAUCUGUAAAAGAAAAUCCGCGCCGACCGACCGGCGAAAGGCCGCCACUCUGAGAGAAAGAAGGCGGCUUAAAAAGAUCAACGAAGCGUUUGACGCUUUAAAGAAAAAGACGGUGCCCAAUCCGAACCAGAGGCUGCCCAAAGUGGAGAUUUUACGCAGCGCGAUAAACUACAUCGAGAAACUGCAGGACCUGUUGCAUACGCUAGAUGAGCAAGAACAGAACUCUGAAAGUGACCCUUACACGUACAACGUGAAAGAAAACCAUGUGGCUCCCAAUCAGUAUCACUGGAAAAAGACCUGCCAGAGCUGGCAGGGGAUUCCAGAUCAUUCCAACUCCCAGAUGGCCGGUCAUCGAGAAGAAGCCGCAGUGGAGUCGUCGUCGUCCAGCAGCCUUCGUCACCUCUCCUCGAUUGUUGACAGCAUUUCCACUGAAGAGACGAAAGCUCGCUGUCCCGAGCAGAUCUCAGAAAAGUGAAGCUCGAGCAUCCACCUCAUAUUUCCUAUAUAUAUUUAUUUCCAUGAGCUAGUGUGAAUGUUCUGAAUGUAAUAGGCAACACUUUGCAAUAACGUUUGUAAAGAAGUCAUUUACAAUUAUGCUUAGUGCACAACAGACCAUGUUCAAUUUUAACAAAUUAAUAAAUAUGGAAAUAUAUUUUCUUAACAAUUUCUAUAUUUAUAGCAUUUACUGGCAUAACUAUGUGAUCUGUUAAGCAUUCUAUAAUUCAUUUAAUUCAUUGCAAAUACUAUUAAGAAGUGUUCCAAUGUAAUACUUCGAUUUUUUUUUUCUUGUUUCAUAAAUGACCAUUCAGUGUAGUUGUUGCAGGUAAUUCCAGCUUAAUUCCAGGGUCAUUAAUUUCAGCAAAAUGAUUCCUGUCAAAUUAUGAAGUCUUCCUAAAAUGUACAUAUUUUAUAAUCUAUUGCUGUUACUUAAAUUAUUUUAUAAAUUGACAAGAAAAAAAUAGAGCACUUAAUCAUACCAGAUAUAUUUUCAACAUUAAACAUGAAUAAUAUCAAA